UGGCAGUUGCUCGCAGCUGACGGUGCGUGACAGAACAUCAACACACAACUGCGAAAUAAAAGUUUCAAGUUUCCUUCGAUUUUUGCGUGAAAUUCCAGUGCUCUUUUCGCGCUUUCCCGUGCUAAUAGUAUGCUAAUUUAGUGCAUUCAAGUGAGCGUAGCAAAAUGUUCAGCUUUGGAAAGAAGCCGGAUCCGCCAAAGCGGGAGAAGAGACGCGACCCGAGCGAGUUUGGCCUGUUUGGCAUCGGUGACGAUCUGGGGGAUGACGGCGGCGACGAUGAUUUGGGAGACGAAGACGAUGGGGACUUGGAGGCAGAACUGGCGGCGCUAACGGCCGGAUCUUCCGGGAGGAAACCUCGGCCAAAGCCGAAACCCGCGGGAGGGAUUGUGGCUCCGGCGGCGCUGGACGCAAUGAUCGCUGCGAGUUUGCGGGAUGUUGGAAGUGACGAGGAGGAUGACGACGAUGACGAUUCGGAGCUGAUGAACGAGCUGGCCGAGAUUGCCGGUGGGGACGUUCCGGAUGAGAUUCCGGAGAGGGCGUCCCCGGCGAAGAAGGCGGCUUCGGCGGCGGGAGGGGUGAAGGAUGUGCUGAAGACGCGGAUUGAGAUGUACACGGCGGCGGAGGACAAUGCCAAGAAGGCGGGAGAUUCGGGAAAGGCCAGGCGGUUUAAUCGGGGUUUGAAGACGUUGAAGGACUUGCUGAAGCAAGCGGAAGCUGGGAAGGCGGUGGAUCCGAGCGAGAUUCCUCCGGAAGUCAGCGUGAAGGGCGCUUCCGAUCCUCCUGCUCCAAAGCCUGAAUCGCCGAAAGAGGAAGUUGUGCCUCCGGUUCCGACGAGACGAGCUCCCGCUCCACCACCGUCGGAUCCUGCGCCAGUUUUUGAAUCAACGUCGACGUCAAAACCCCCGGAACCUGCUCCAACUCCCGUGGAGAAUCCCCAACUGGCGAUGCUUCAAGAGCGCAAAGCUCAGUACAAAGCGGCCGCCCUCGAGGCCAAGAAAGCCGGCAACUCCGAGCAAGCCAUCAAGUUCAUAAAGAUCGUCAAGCAGUUCGACAUGGUCAUUCAAGCGCUCGAAAACGGCCAGGACAUAGAUCUGAGUAAAAUGCCUCCGCCUCCGACGGCCGCCGCCGCCGCCCCACCUGUUCCUCCUCGUCAAAACCGUAAAGAAGAAAACACCACCCAGAAGGAAGCCGAAGUGCCUGCGGUCGUCGUCGAAACUCCCCCGGAAGAGGGGGGCGACGACGCUGCGCCGGAAGAGGUGCUCAUCCAGGCCAGUUCCGUGAUGGAGGCGCUCCAGCAGCGGUUGGAGAUUUACAGGGCGAGUGAGAAGUCCGCCAAGGACGAGGGCAACAGCUCGAAGGCGCGCCGAAUGGGACGCAUCGUGAAGCAGUUUGAGGACGCGAUUAAGCUGCACCGGGCGGGGAAGCCGCUUCCGCUGGACGAGCUGCCGACGCCGCCCGGGUACGGGCCGAUUCCGGUGGAGGGUGCAGCAGCUCCCGCUCCAGCUCCAUCUCCAGCCCCUUCCCCACGACCAGUUCCAAAAGCCCCAACCCCUGCCACUUCCCCGGUGGCCGGCCCUAGCAAGGAAGUCCCAAAAGCCGCCCAAACGACCAACGAUCGCCAGAUUGCAGCACUCCUCGAGCGGCAAAAGGAGUUCCGCCAGGCCGCAGUCGAAGCCAAAAAGGCGGGCGAACUCGAAGAAGCCAAGGAAUAUCUGCGCGUGUUCAAGGGGCUGGAAAAGCUUAUCGAGACUGCCCGCGGCGGCAUCCCGAUCGACAUGAACACCGUCCCAAUCGCCCCCGCCAAGCGUGCCUCACUCGAAGACUCGUUCACCAUCGUGGCGCAGGAAGACUGCGAUCCGAGCGGCGAGUCGGACGUGGAUCUCAACACCCGGCUCGAGGAGCAACUGUCGCGGCAGCUGAUCAUGUGCCGGAACACGAGGGACCACCACCGGGCGAUGGGCGAUGUGGCGGGCACGAAUCGGUUCGAAAAUCUCGCGCUCAGUGUUCAGAAAGAUCUGGAUUUUGUCCGGUUGACGCACAAGAAGCGGCUUCCGGUGCCGAAGUUCCACUACGAGGCGAAGCAGUUCAACGUGGUCAAGUGUAACACGGAUUUGAGCGAUAACGAGGUGGAGGUGCUGGUGGCGAGGGGAAUUAACUACAGUGUGCCGAAUCCGCGGGAGGUGGACACGUACGUGAAGAUGGAGUUUCCUUAUCCGCAGGACGAUCCCUUCAAGGUGAAAACCGGCCUCAUCAAGGACAGCGACAAUCCGGAGUACAACCACCGGCAGAUCAUCGAAAUCGAUCGCAAAUCACGCGCCUGCCAGCGAAUCUUCAAACGUCAGGUCCUCAAGUGCGAGGUCUUUUCCAAAGGCUGUUGGAGUGCUCGCUGGUGCUGUUGUUGUUGUUCUUGUUGCCAUUGCCGCUGGCCGUCGUCACAAUCGUCAAGUGUUUUUUCCUGUUUCAGAGGUUUCCUCCGGUCCGAUACGCUGAUCGGAACGGUCACGGUGAAGCUGCAGCCACUCGAGACGCAGUGCGAGAUUCAUGACUCGUUCCCGCUGAUGGACGGACGCAAAACGGUCGGCGGCAAGCUGGAGCUGAAGAUCCGCGUCCGGAACCCGAUCCUGGCGAAGCAAAUCGAGCAGAUCAACGAAAAGUGGCUGAUUAUCGAUGCAUGAAUUCCGUCCGGCGGUGGUCCACAGCUGACGUGUGUGGACGGUGAAGCCUUGAUGCCCGCUUGACGCAAUCAAUACAGUAGGUGUAGGAAGCCCGUCGCUAUGCUGCUGCUGGUGUUGGAGGGCGCGCUCCAGCGAUUCUAUAUUGUUCAUUGCCCGUGUCUGGAAUUGUGCGUUAUCCGUUUUUUUAGUUUUUUUUUUCUCCAUCUGUUGUGAGAGUAUUUGUAAGAGGAUUUAAUCCUGCCGAACCGGAGGGACGAUCGACUUUGUGAUAGAAGUAUGUGAAAGUGAAUAAACGUUGUCAUAUUGCAAUAA